AUGCCUAACCAUCACACGUAUGCGUAUCAUUCGGGGGAAGGAUAUUGCAAGGUGGACCCAAAACUCCACUCUAGCCUCACCCGCUGCCACUUCGACCUCACCCAAGAGUUCUUCCUCCAAGUCUGCAACAAAUUCCCAUAUUCAUGGGGACCCGUUUACAAGUUCUUCCAAUUCACCCAAGCACAGCCCCAUUUCAAUCACACUUCAACCACAUUCAACAAAAUGGUCGACAUUAUUGGAAAAUCAAGUAAUAUAGACCUCUUCUGGGAAGUCCUUCAAGAAAUGGGACGUCGGCGUUUGGUAAACGAUGGAACUUAUAGAAUUGCAUUGAAAACAUUGGCAUCGGCGAGGGAAUUGAAGAAAUGUGUGGAGUUUUUUCAUUUGAUGAAUGAAAAUGGUUAUGGGUAUAAUUUGGAGACUUUGAAUAAGGUAGUUGAGACUUUGUGCAGGACUAAGCUUGUUGAUGAGGCUAAGCAUGUGGUUUUGAAGUUGAAAGACUGGAUUAAGCCAAAUGGGGUUACUUAUAAGUGGUUGAUAUAUGGGUUUUGUGAUGUGGGUGAUUUGAUUGAGGCUUCAAAGGUUUGGAAUUUGAUGGUUGAUGAAGGGUUUCAACCAGACAUCGAUGCGGUUGAGACAAUGAUGGAGACCCUUUUCAAGAAUGAUCAAUUUGGAGAAGCGAUGAAGGUUUUCCAAUCAAUUAGAGUGAAGAGGAUUGAUGCUUUGGGGCUUUCGACGUACCGGAUUGUGAUCCAUUGGAUGUGUAAGAAAGGUAAACUUGGUCAGGCACAUGUUAUGUUUGAAGAAAUGCAAAAGAGAAAGAUUCAAGUGGAUAAUGAAACGUUGACAUCGAUAAUUUAUGGACUUACUAGUAAAGGUAGAGAUACAGAGGCUUAUAAGGUUGUGGAAGGGAUUGAUAAACCUGAUAUAAGUGUUUAUCAUAGUUUGAUCAAGGGGCUUUUGAGAUUGAAAAAGGCAAGUGAAGCCACACAGGUCUUUAGAGAGAUGAUAAAUAAGGGGUGUGAACCUACAAUGCAUACAUAUAUUAUGUUGUUGCAAGGACAUUUAGGGAAGAGAGGGAGGAAGGGAUCAGACCCACUGGUGAAUUUUGACACCAUUUUUGUUGGAGGUUUGGUUAAGGCCCGGAAGUCGUUGGAAGCUACCAAGUAUGUGGAGAGGGUAUUGAACAGAAGGCUUGAGGUACCUAGGUUUGAUUACAACAAAUUUCUGCAUUAUUUUUCGAACGAGGAAGGUGUGGUUAUGUUUGAGGCAAUGUCAAAGAAGUUGAGAGAGGCUUCAUAUGAAUCUGUUUCCACCUCAACUCCAGUCAAGCCUUGCUCCUUGAAUCUCCUUGAUCACAACACGGUUGAACAGAGGUUGAAUAGAGGCCGUUGA